GCAGUGUGAUGUUCAGGGUCAGAAAUGCCUUAUGUGGAUCGUCAGAAUCGCAUUUGUGGUUUCCUAGAUAUUGAAGAAAAUGAGAAUAGUGGAAAAUUUCUGCGGCGGUACUUCAUUCUGGACACACGAGAAGACAGUCUGGUGUGGUAUAUGGAUAACCCACAGAAUCUUCCCUCUGGAUCUCCACCUGUUGGAGUCAUUAAACUUACCUAUAUUUCAAAGGUUAGCGAUGCAACUAAGCUAAGGCCAAAGGCAGAAUUCUGUUUUGUUAUGAAUGCAGGGAUGAGAAAAUACUUUCUACAAGCCAAUGAUCAGCAGGACCUAGUUGAAUGGGUAAAUGUUCUGAACAAAGCUACCAAAAUCACAGUACCAAAGCAGUCUGAUCCUCUCUGUCAAGUGGAUAAUGCAAAUCGUCAAGCUGAAAGCCCAGGUGGAAAGAAGCAAGUCUCUUACAGGACAGAAAUUGUUGGCGGUGUUCCUAUCAUUACACCUACCCAGAAAGAAGAAAUCAGUGAAUGCAGUGAAGGGGGUGAUAGGAACUAUUUGAAACGGUCACAAAGCCACCUUCCUUAUUUUACUGCUAAGCAUCCCCCAGAUAAUGCUAUUAUCAAAGCUGGUUACUGUGUAAAACAAGGAGCAGUGAUGAAGAACUGGAAGAGAAGAUACUUUCAGUUAGAUGAAAACACAAUAGGAUAUUUCAAGUCCGAACUGGAAAAGGAACCUCUCAGGGUUAUACCACUUAAGGAGGUCCAUAAAGUUCAGGAAUGCAAACAAAGUGACAUAAUGAUGAGAGACAAUCUCUUUGAAAUUGUAACAACUUCUCGAACCUUUUAUGUACAGGCGGACAGUCCAGAAGACAUGCACAGUUGGAUAAAAGCAAUUUCUGGGGCCAUUGUAGCACAGCGGGGACCUGGAAGAUCAGCAGCUUCCAUGCGGCAGGCCAGAAGGCUGUCGAAUCCUUGUAUACAGAGGAGCAUACCGAGUCUUCUUCCGAACCCAACCAUGCUCUCCGUUCUGCCAUCCCAGCCCCAGCCACCUCACAUUCCACAGCCGCUCACGGCAGCCCUCUGGUCCCAAACCCUCACACCAAAUACCCUGCCUUGGAGAAGCGAGGAUUUCACGAAUCUUUUACCAAGGCCAAGCCAGGGAGCUACAAGAUCCAGGUUGUCGCUCCAAGAGAAUCAGCUUCCAAAGUGACUGAAUGGGGCCUCUCAGAACCCCAAAGUAAAAAUGACACUCAGGAACAGGAUCCUGGCCUUGUGGAUCUGGAUGAUGCAAGCCUUCCAGUUAGUGAUGUGUAGUGAUGGAAGUGUUUGGAGAAUGAUCCAUUUGUUCGGUCCUCUAAUUUCCUUGCUUGGACUUUUAACCAAAGAAAAUUAUAGGAAAUGAGAACAAAAAAAA